GACAAGUCGAGGGAGUCACACGUUGGCUGGGUGGUGGCUCUACAUUUUCGUCCAUUUCCAAAUUCAUGAGAUCGUGAUUCAUGACAUGGAAUGGCAAACCUGGUCGCCCACUCUAGGACUAUUCCUGAGCCACGCAGAGCAGACCUUAGCUAAGCCGUGCGACAAGUUCUCCUCCACUCAUGGCGACGGACACGCAGCACCGCGCGAGCUGCGUCUGUCGCCUGAUGGCCGCGCCGACGCCGCUGGACCUGCCGGACUUCCCCCCCCAUCCACGCCCGCCGCACAUCUCUCCUCGCUUUCACUCGCUCGCAACCUCUCCAACUCAGCGCGGCACAGGCGCCGCCACGUGUCCCUCGAGUGCUGCACGCGGCGGCAUCGUGCUUGAGACUUCGCAAACUCCCAGUCGCGCCAUCCACAACCGCCAUGGCGCGCCUCCCUCCCCCCUCUCCUCUCUGCUGCCCACCAGUGUGAGUCACGGAGAGCCCCCCUCCUCGCCAUCGGCGGCUUCCGCGGCUCGCUUUCCCUCCACCCGGGACUCUGCCUUUCCCGCUCACAAUCCCUCGUCCCCUCGCUAUAGUCCCCGUCACGGCCCCGCUUCCCCUAGCUAUCGGAACGGCGAGAGUCGGCGUGUCGACGCGCGUGUCGUUCAGAACCCAAUGGCUUUCGAGUCGACUCAAUCGGACCCCCUCCCCACCCGCAGCGCCUCGCCCUCGUCGCGCCACAGAAGCAUGGUCGAGUCAAAGAGCUUCCCUGCCGCCAAUCCGCCGCUAUUUGCGGCGGCAGAUGCGCGCCUUCCUUCGUCGCAGAGCUGCAGCGCUGCCGUUCCGCACCGCCCCGCUUCCCCGCACACGCAUUCCCCAUUCCCGUCCCCGCACGCGCACUCCCCAUUCGCUUCCCCGCGUACCGCUUCCCCUCGCCCCGCCUCCCCGUUCUCCUCCCCCCGUCGCGCCUCGCCGCUUUCCUCUCCUCGCCCCGCCAUCAACGGCGGCCCGCGCCGUCCGCCAAGCGAUCAGCAGUCAGCAAGAUUGGACCCCACAGCAGCAGAAUCAGCUUACGUGGACUGGCCGACAACUGACGUGUCACCGGCGGGAUUCUCACCAGCAGCGGCAGGCCCGCCGUCCCCAUCCACAUCAGGAGCGGCUAUAGCGGCUGUAGCGGGGCUGCGGUCGCGCAGCCGGCUGGGUCCGGGCUACAACCAUGCGGCAGCUACAGCCGACGAAACCGCCGGCAGCCCUCGCUGCGCCUUGCCUCGUCAUGCCGCUGUCGCUAAUCCGGGGGCGCAUACAUCGUCAGCCCCCGCCGUCGCUGGCGCCGAGUGUGCUGGACUGAAGGCGUGCGCAGGUGGCGGCGCAAACCGCGCUGCGCUAGUAGGGGGCUCUGCUGCGAGCGCGUGGCAGUGCGAGGAGUCGUCGAGCCCCGCUGAUUCGGAGCAGGUAAAGAUUAUGCGAGUCGCAGCUAAGUCGCAGGACGGUCGCACGGCGGUGUCCCCGAAGGACCCCCCGGUCCGCCGCUUUGCGCUUCCGCCGAAGCUGCUGUGCGGAUCCUUCUCCCCCUCCUCACCCUCCUCCCUCUCCCCCGCCUCCCCCUCCCCAGUCGCGUCCUUUUCCCCCGCCUCCCCUUCCGCCCGCAAGCGCUCCGCCGCGUUUCCGCAUUCCGCCUCUUCCCCCGCCUCGUGCCCCCAUUCCGCCGCCGCGCCCGCGUCCCCCGCCUCCCCCACGCCUUUCCCCUCGUGCUUCUCCUCCUCCUCGUCCAGCGCGUCGCACUCGCGAUUCCCGUCGCUGUCGCCAUCGUCGCCCGUCGGCGUCCUGAAGUCGCCCACGUCGCAUUCCCCCGCGAGCAGGUGCGCGUCGCCGCAGCCGCGGAGCCCGCUGGGGAUGGCGCCGGGAGCGGGGAAGGGCGCAGGCGCUAGCGCGGGCGGUGGUAGCAGCGGCGGCGGCAGCAGCGGUAGCCAGAAUUUUCCCUGCAGCCACCUGCAGCAGCAGCAGCUGCCGCCGCAGCAGCCGCCGCAGCAGCCGCUGCCGCAGCAGCAGCAGCAGCAACAGCAGCGGCGCGGGACGUUGCUGGGAGCGCAGGGGCGGUCGUUCAGCAUCUCGGAUCUGCUGCGCCUGCCCUCGCGCGCGCCCUCCGGCCGAUGCGCCGAUGACUCGGUAGUCGGUAGCGCACGAGAGAGCCCCGCCGCGGGGAGGGGGGGAGAGACGAAUGGCGCGGGUGGGGGGGGGUUCGGAAUGGUUUGGAAGGGCGCGGAGGGGCAAGGGCGCGGAGGGGAGGCCCAGGGGCAGCACAUGAAACUGGCGGAACAGUCCGGGUCGCAACACGCGCAGCAGCAGCAGCGGCGGGUGGGGGGGGAUGGGCAGAGGAGACGGGCGAUAGUGCGGUGUGUAUCGGAGCAGGUGGAACGAAGCAGUGCUUAUAGCGGGGAUGGGAUGGUGGGGCGCGAGGGAAGGGGAGGGGACGGGGGAGCGAGGAGGGCGGGCGGGCAUGGGUGGGCGUCGGCUGACCUGGCGCUGAGGCUGCACCGCGCAGUGGUGGUGGCUGCCAAAGGCCAUGCUGCUAGAGGGAAUUCUGCUGCUGCUGCAGCUGCUGCUAGCGGCAAUGCUGCUGUUGCGGGUAGAAGUGGGGUUGCAGGAAGGGCAGAGGCGCUGGGAAGGUCGGAGGACGGGGAAGAGUGGAGGGAAGACGGGGAGAGCAGGGAGAGGGGGAGCGGGUGGAGCGUGGAUGGGGAGGAGGAGGAAGCGCAGGGGGAGGAGAGCGAAGAAAGGGAGGUUGGAUACUGCAAAAGGCCCGAGUAUAGCAGAGAGAGCUGCUGCACAGACGGCAGCAGCAGAGACGGCAGCAGCGGCAGCAUACCUGUGUCCCCCUUGGGGUACCUGGGCAGCAGCAGCUCGUUCAACGCGCGCCCUCGCUUCCCCGUCAACGCCUCCACCUCCGCUGCCGCCGCCGCCCUCGCUGCCGGGGGCAGCUGCCGCCGCAGCAGCAGCAGACUCGCGCUCUCUGACCUCUACAGCAGCAGCAGGGACCUGUACGGCGCGGGGGCUGGGACGAGCGGUCACACUGGUGCCAGUAACGCCAGGGGUGAGAGCAGCUGUGGCGAACCCACCACUCCCCCUGCUGCCCUUGGCGCUGCUGGUGCUACUGGUAGCGGUGCUGACAGCGGUGGCGGCGGCAGCGGGCGUAUGGGCAACAGGCUGAGCAGCAGCAUCGGGUGGAGCAGCCGCAGCAGCCGGGAGCUGUUCAGGGGCGCGCGGGACAUGCACGGCACGCACUCCGGGCUCUUCCACGGGGGGGGCAGCGGCCGAAUGCUGGGACUCAGCCUCAGCCCGCUGAGGGACAGACGAGCCGACAGAGGCGAGAAGAAUGCGAGGCAAGGCGAUGUGGGGUUGAUGAGCGGCGCUCUCUCUCCUGCCGCCAUCCCGCGGUCGCCUUCUGGUGUCGCCCUGCUGUCCUCCCCGCUUGCUGCUUCUUCUGCCACCGCUUCCCCGUCUCCCCAUUUCUCCCAGCCUGCAGCUGGUGCAGGUGACGCCGCGCCUGGUUCACUGCAGCCGCACCUGCGAGGGAGGCUCGGGAGAGAGGCUUGGCAGCAGCAACAGCAGCAGCAGCAGCAGCAGCAACAGCAGCAUAGGCAGCAGUAUGGGCAAGGUGAAAUGAUUCAGGAGCAUUACCACAAGCAGACACAGGUGUCCUGUGUUGGCUUCAGUGUAAGCACAGUCAGAACCAUAAGCACACAUGCUACAGUCACCCAACAACCCUGCAACAGUGCCUCGUCAUCCGCACAUGCAGCAGCAGCAAACACAGCGACAUCAGCAGGCCCCCUUGCAUCUCCCUGCCCACCAGUAUCACCAGCAGCAUCCCAAGCCCAUCAGCCUCUUGCAUUGGCCAGCCCAGGCCGCUUGCCAGUAGCCACGGUGGUUGCUGAGCCUGCCAGCGAGGCUUGGGCGGCGAUAAUCAAGAACGGUGUGGAGAGCAGCAAGGGCUCAGAGGAGCAGCUUCGGCAGCAGCGGCUGUGGAAGCAAUCGCAGCGCGCAGCGGAGAGACGGAGAAAGCCGCGGCCGAGCGAGUUUGUUCUCAGAAAGCCGUACUCGGAUAUCCGGGAGGAGUAUGUGGUAGCAAGGAAGGAGAUCGGGAGCGGGCAGUUUGGGAUCAUCCGCAAGUGCGUGCAGCGACAAACGGGGCUCACCUUCGCAUGCAAGACCAUCGCCAAGGCGGGUAUCCUCACCCCGGAGGACGCUGAAGACGUGCGCAACGAGGUGUGCUUCCUGGAAACCCUGCGUGGCCACCCCAAUAUCAUUGACUUGACCGACACGUUUGAAGACGAGGAGAAUAUUCAUAUUGUGAUGGAGCUGUGUAAAGGAGGGGAUUUGUUCGACCGCAUCAAGAUGCGUGGGCGCAUGCCCGAGCCCGCUGCCGCUGCCAUCUGCCGCGCGCUGGUGGGUGUGCUGCUGCACUGCCAUGCGAGCGGCGUGCUGCACAUGGACGUGAAGCCCGAAAACGUGCUCAUGUGCGACCGCUUCGAAGAUACGCGAAUAAAGCUCAUCGACUUCGGGGUGGCCACGCGGUUCACACCGGGUGUGCCUUGCUCGGAGGUGCUGGGCACGCCCGAGUACAUCGCGCCAGAGGUGCUGAACGGGUCGUACGGCCCCGCGGCCGACAUAUGGAGCGCGGGUGUGGUGCUGUACGUGAUGCUGGCGGGGGCUCCUCCGUUCUGGGAGCGCGCGACGAGGACACUCAAGGAGUCGAUUCUGGGGGAUGACGUGCCCUUCACCACCAGCAAGUGGGGCGACCGGUCGGCGGAGGUCAAGGCGCUUGUAAAGAGGAUGCUUGAGAAGGAUCCGGCCAGGAGGAUCACUGGGGAGGAGAUUCUUGAGCACCCGUGGAUCAAGAUGCACGCACAGUGAAAGCCACUGAUCCUGUGCUGCCAUGUGUGGCGGAGGAGUUAAAGCACAGACGUCAAUGGCGUUGUGGCGAGUGGAUCUUAUCGAAGAUAGGAAGCCACCUGAACCGUCAACCUAAUGAGACGUCGAUGCACAGUGGUGGAUUAUUAGGGUUACUAAUUAAAGGUUACAAAGCCCUAACUAGUCGACUAGGCCACUUGGAAAUUCGUUUGCUUGGAAGGGUGUGUGUGUUAGUGCACCAUUGGAUGGAAGUUUGAUGUCAUGUAUUAUUAUUGUAGGGAAGAACCUACUGUAGCCAGGCCUCAU